CACUAGGCCCGAAAAUCACGUUUGAGUCGACAUGAGGUGUCAAGGCCUAGCUUGCCGAAUAGGAAGUCCUUGCGAGAGUUGUCUCUACAUGUUGACCUGAAUCUGACAAGACAAGGGAGGCUGAGCUGUGAUGACCGCGCAUACAAAUCCUAUCGACGCGCUCAACGACGGUAGGUCUGCGAGAAUAUAAGCAGGUGUUGAACCUACCAAAUUCAGCAGUCAUACGAGAAUCAUCCACUUGAUAACCCACUUUCAUCACCACACCUAUAUACACUCCCGAGCUCUUCUUUUCCCAUAUCGACCUUCUCCGAGCCAUUAAGAGUCUUCAACCAUGGCUACAGUCAUAAACGGCACCCUUUUCAUCCCGGCGCUGAAUGGCACUCUGAUCCCGAAGGACGCCUGUACGUUGGGUGUGUGUUCGCUGGACUAUGCUACGAUCGAAUAUGUUCCAACGUACGGAGGCAACAUGGCAUAUCUCAUCAUAUUCGCGGUCUUCCUGUUGGCUCAGAUGGGCCUCAUCUGGAAGUACCGGACCUGGGGAUUUUUUGUCGGAAUGUUCUGUGGUCUUCUGCUUGAGGUACUUGGUUAUGCUGGUCGUGUCACGCUCCACGGCAACCCGUUCAACUUCGAUCAAUUCGUGCUGUACCUCGUAUGCCUCACUAUCGGACCAGCAUUCCUGACAGCAUCGAUCUAUCUCUGCCUCGGCCGCAUCGUCAUCGUGUAUGGUGAAGGCAUCUCUCGCUUCUCUCCAAAGUUCUACACCCUCACAUUCAUGGUCUGUGAUUUCCUCAGUCUACUACUGCAGGCUGUUGGAGGAGCUCUGGCUGCAACACAAGACGACACCAACCCUUCCGACACUGGCGUCAACAUCAUGAUCGCUGGUCUGGCUUUCCAGGUCGUCUCUCUGACGAUAUUUAUCGCUUUAAGCUUGGAGUUUGUGUUCAGAGCACGAAAGGCAAGAGAGAGCGACUUGAACUUCGAGUUCUUCAACCUGAGGAAGCGCACCAUGUUCCGUCUAUUCCCAUACGCGCUUGCGCUAGCGACCAUCACCAUUUACAUUCGCUGCGUUUUCCGUGUCGCUGAGCUUCAAGAUGGCUUUGGUGGAGAGCUGGCCAACGACGAAGGCAUGUUCAUGGGAUUUGAAGGACCAAUGAUCAUCAUUGCAACAAUAGCCUUGACAAUCUUCCAUCCUGGAAUCGCUUUCGGUAGCGCUUCGUCUUGGAAGGCUGCGAACUGGACCUGGAAGAAGAGUAACAAGGGCGAUAACAAUCACAUCAGAAUGGUGAGCCAGGAAACCGCUAGCCCAAGGUCGAUCGCAGAGAGUGAGAGUACCGAUCUGAAGAUGGCCGUUUGAAGAGGCAAUAGCAGGAUACAACAGGUGGCAGGAGGACUUAGAGACUUCAAAUAGAGUGAGCGAGAUAGAUAGAAGUGGCAUGGUUGCAGGGUUAGCCGAUUGACAUGUCAAGUUUUCUUAACCUAUAAAGUUUAAUGUGCU